AUGGGCCCUCCGGAUAUAGAGCGUGUGAUUUCGCUGAAGUCGCUCUGUGUUCCUGCCAACACGCUCACGGCGCCGUAUGACUACCUCCACCUGCUUCCAAGCAACAAUGACAGGAUCAGAAGCACAUUUCUCGCGGGCAUCAACGAGAGCUUUUUCCGGAUCUCGGACGCCGCGGUGAUCUCUGAAAUCAGCGCCGUCAUCGAGAUCUUCCAUGGGGCGUCUCUUCUCAUCGAUGAUAUUGAGGACGACUCGGCCUUCCGAAGGGGCCAGCCAUGUGCCCACAUCCGCUACGGGGUGCCGGCGACCUUGAAUAGCGGCAACUUGAUGUAUUUCGUGGCCAUGCGCCGGGCGUUCCAAGCCCUUCCGCCACACUAUACGCACACCAAGGGCGGCCUGGCACUGGCGCUCGUGGCCUUUCGGAGUCAGAUGGUGGACGUCUUUGUCGAGGAGAUGGUGAACCUCCACACCGGCCAGGGGUUCGAUAUAUACUGGAGGGACAACCUUGCGCAGCUCAUGAAGACAGGCAUGCCUUCCAUCGAGGACUACUUGCAGGUGGUGAUGCACAAAACGGGCGGGCUAUUCCGUCUAGCUGUGCGCACGCUCGGGUUAUUUGCCGGCGAUGCGUUCCAGAUGCAUUCGCGGCGGUCCGAGGGCUUGGUGGAGCUCGCCAACCUCCUUGGCAUCAUCUACCAAAUACGAGACGACUACUUGAACUUGGUGGACGAGCGGUAUGCGGAGCUGAAAGGCUCCUUUGGAGAGGAUCUCAUUGAGGGCAAGUUGUCGCUCCCGAUCCUCUACACCCUUCUUCACAGUGGCGACAACACAGUUUUACACACGCUAUACGAUGAGUUGAAGUCGCCGCAAGAGCGGCGAGCUGACUUGGACAGACUAGCCGAAGCGCGCUGCUUCGUGGCGGACUCGGGCGCCUUACAGUACACAUACAGCCUUUUGCAGGAGUACGUUGAGAAGGCCAGAAGCAUCUUGGCCGCGGUCAACAAACCAGAAGCAUUCUCCAAGGAGCCAAAGCAAUGA